GUGUUUAACUUCGGCCUGUGUUAAACGUGUUCAGGCUGUUUUCUUUCUAAAAUGGAGUGAUGUGUGAAUGUCCUGGUUUAAUAGAAUCCUUGUGGCCAGAGUAGAUGAGCAGAAGACGGCGUGGGGAGAGUGCAAUGGCAAGAAAAAACCUAAGCGAGCAGGCAGCUCUCCGCUCUGCAGCCUACGCUUCAUGAGCUGCCUUCGCGACGUGGAGGCCAUGGAUCCCCCUCCUCACUUUCAGCUGCACUGGUCAGGGACAGGAAGUAGUGGAGGAGGAGCAGGAGGAGGCAGCAACUUUGCCAAUCGCUGUGGCUGGCAGGAGGACCAUUACGGUAAAAGAGCAGGUGGUGUAGAAAGCUUAGCUCUUACAUCAGUGGACCUGGGCUUUGAGGACGGUGACUCAAAAGACCAAAAAGAUUAUGGUUGCGGGUUUGAAGGCCCUGCUGCUACUCCAGCCUCAGCGGCCAAGUUCUGGCAGCGCAUCGCACGUGUCUUCCAGUCCAAGAAGUUCCGCUCACGGAAGCUGGAACGCCUUUACCAGCGUUACUUCUUUCGCCUAAAUCAGAGCUCAUUGACCAUGUUGAUGGGUGUGCUGGUACUGGUAUGUGGUGUCAUGCUUGCCUUUCACUGUGCACAUGCACCACCUGACCUGGCAUUUGCUGCUGUGCUAUCUGUGGCCAUGGCUCUUUUCCUAGCUCUCAUGGUUUUGUGCAAUCGCAACGGCUUCCACCAAGACUACAUGUGGAUGGUGAGCUACCUGGUGAUUGGUUUGCUGCUUGUUGUGCAGGCGUUUGGCGUACUAAUGGUAGCACCACGCAGUGCCUCUGAGGGCAUCUGGUGCUCUGUGUUUUUUAUCUACAUCAUUUACACACUGCUGCCUGUACGCAUGCGGGCUGCCGUGAUCAGCGGAAUUGUGCUGUCCUCUGUACACCUGCUUAUUACAUGGAGAAAUAAUCAAGAGGAUCCGUUUCUUUGGAAGCAGCUGAGUGCGAACGUGCUGAUCUUCCUGUGCACCAACAUCAUUGGGAUUUGCACACAUUACCCAGCUGAAGUGUCCCAGAGACAGGCCUUCCAAGAAACAAGGGGUUACAUUCAGGCCCGGCUGCACUUACAGAGGGAAAACCAGCAGCAGGAACGCUUGUUGCUGUCUGUGUUGCCAAGGCAUGUCGCUAUGGAGAUGAAGGCUGACAUCAAUGCUAAGAAAGAAGACAUGAUGUUUCACAAGAUCUACAUCCAAAAGCAUGACAAUGUCAGUAUUCUCUUUGCAGACAUUGAAGGUUUUACCAGCCUGGCAUCCCAGUGCACAGCUCAAGAACUGGUGAUGACUCUAAAUGAACUUUUCGCCCGAUUUGACAAACUAGCUUCGGAGAACCACUGCUUGCGAAUUAAAAUUCUGGGGGACUGCUACUAUUGUGUGUCUGGAUUGCCGGAACCCAGAGCGGACCAUGCUCACUGCUGUGUGGAGAUGGGUGUGGACAUGAUCGAGGCCAUCUCGCUUGUGCGAGAGGUCACAGGAGUAAAUGUUAAUAUGCGAGUGGGCAUCCACAGUGGCCGUGUACAUUGUGGUGUACUGGGACUGAGGAAGUGGCAGUUUGAUGUGUGGUCCAAUGAUGUCACACUGGCAAAUCACAUGGAGGCUGGUGGCAAAGCAGGGAGGAUUCAUAUAACCAAAGCCACCCUUCAGUACCUGAAUGGAGACUAUGAGGUGGAGCCAGGCUUUGGAGGAGAACGCAAUGCCUACCUGAAAGAGAACAACAUUGAGACAUUCCUGGUGCUGGGCUGCAGUCAAAAACGGAAAGAGGAGAAGGCAAUGAUGGCAAAGAUGCAGCGUGCCCGGGCCAAUUCAAAUGAGGCCUUGAUGCCUCGCUGGAUACCUGACCGAUCCUUUUCCAGGACCAAAGACUCCAAAGUAUUUAGACAGAUGGGCAUUGAUGAAACCACCAGCAAAGACAACCGUGGUGUACAGGAGGCCUUGAAUCCAGAGGAUGAGGUGGACGAAUUCUUGGGCAGAGCUAUUGAUGCACGAAGCAUUGACCAACUUCGCAAAGACCAUGUGAAGAAGUUCCUGCUUACCUUUCAGACUUCCAGCUUAGAAAAAAAGUAUGCAAAAAAGGUGGAUGACCGCUUUGGGGGUUAUGUGGCCUGCACUCUGCUAGUCUUUUGUUUCAUUUCCUUUAUUCAGAUUGUCAUCUUUCCUCACACCCCAGUUAUGUUGGGGAUUUACAUCAGUGUCUUUAUCAUCCUUGCUAACAUCCUCUUUAUCUGUGCUAUUUACUCUUGUGUGAAGCUCUUCCCUGCUGCCAUGCAGACUGUAUCCAAAAAAAUUGUUCAAUCACGCAUCAACAGCACGCUGGUGGGCAUCUUCACCAUCAUCCUGGUCUUUAUCUCUGCCUUUGUCAACAUGUUUGCUUGUAACACAGAGAGACUCGUGGACUGUGUAGCCAGACAGCUGAACUGCUCUGCAGACAUGGUAACUCCAUGUGUUAUCUACAACCUUUCACGCUUUGCUGAGGAUGGCCUUGAAAUCUGCCCCAGCAGCACACCCUUCUGUCUUUUCCCUGAGUAUUUUAGCUACAGUGUGCUGCUGACCCUGCUGGCCUGUUCCGUGUUCCUGCAGAUCAGCAGUAUAGGCAAGCUGGCUCUAAUGCUGCUGAUUCAGCUUACUUACCUGCUGCUCGUGGAGUGGCCCGAGGUGGCGCUGUUCGAUAAUGCCGACCUCUUCGUCACUUCAAAUGCACUGAGUUUUAAUGAAACAAAAUGGUUUAAGUUCAAUGAAACUACUGACAAGUGUACUUUCAGUGUGACCAAAGUGUCCCUAAAGGUCAUGACUCCAGUGAUUCUCACCGUGUUUGUGCUAGCACUGUAUCUCCACGCGCAGCAGGUGGAAUCCACAGCACGGCUUGAUUUCCUUUGGAAGCUUCAGGCGACAGAGGAGAAGGAGGAGAUGGAGGAGCUGCAGGCUUAUAACAGACGCCUCCUUCACAACAUCCUUCCGAAAGAUGUGGCAGCGCACUUUCUGGCCCGAGAGCGUAGAAACGAUGAGCUCUACUACCAGUCUUGCGAGUGUGUCGCAGUCAUGUUUGCAUCCAUUAGCAACUUUUCUGAGUUCUAUGUGGAACUUGAGGCCAAUAAUGAGGGUGUGGAAUGCCUACGGCUUCUUAAUGAGAUUAUAGCUGACUUUGAUGAGAUUAUCAGUGAAGAAAAAUACAGGCAGCUAGAAAAGAUUAAGACCAUAGGCAGCACCUACAUGGCAGCUUCAGGCCUCAAUGAUUCUACGUAUGACAAAGAGGGUCGCACCCACAUAACAGCCCUGGCAGACUAUGCCAUGAGGCUUCGUGAGCAAAUGAAGUACAUCAACGAGCACUCCUUCAACAACUUUCAGAUGAAAAUAGGUUUAAACAUUGGACCUGUGGUAGCUGGAGUCAUUGGAGCUAGGAAGCCCCAAUAUGAUAUCUGGGGUAAUACUGUUAACGUAGCCAGUCGCAUGGACAGCACAGGGGUUCCAGAUUGCAUUCAGGUGACUACAGACCUGCACCAGGUGUUGGCAAGUAAAGAGUACCAACUGGAGUGCCGUGGAGUCAUUAAGGUCAAAGGCAAAGGGGAGAUGACCACUUACUUUCUAAAUGAUGGACCUCCCAGCAGUUAGCAUUGUUUUAGUGUUCCUCUGAUUAUUCUGCAGCUGGAUUGUAAAUGAAAGGCAACAAUGCAAAAUGCAGUCAAACUAGUAGCCAUGUCAUCACUUGAAGGAAAGUUUAUUUGUACAUACAAAAAUUUAUUAGAAAUAAAAAUAAACUUGUAUGACUCCAGGAUGAAAAGCUGUCAGCAGUCCCAUGUGUGGCUGUUUAUUUGGAAGGUUAAUUUAUCGUAUGUCUUUAAGCCUCUUUCUCAGGCUUUGUAAAAGUUGCUAAAUCUUUAUUUAAACAGAGGCCAAUUGUUGCCGAAGAAAAACACUGUACAUAAAGGAUUUUUCUGAUUUUA